CAACAAAAAAGCGAAACCGCAUCAUUUUCGAUGCGGUAAACAUUUUGUAACAAAAAUCGCGUGAAAUACAGUAUAUUUCAUAGCUUAAAGCGCGUAGCAUACGUGUUACUUUAUCCUGUUUGUGUUCUAGCCGUUCUAAGCAGCGAAAAUGACGAUCGGCAAAAACAAUAAAAUGAUCCAGCUCCUGAACUACAGGGUGCGGAUCGUGCUCCAAGACUCGCGUACCUUCAUCGGCACGUUCAAAGCCUUUGACAAACACAUGAACCUCAUCCUGGGAGACUGCGAGGAGUUCCGGAAAAUUAAGCCGAAAAACACCAAGCUGCCGGAGCGCGAGGAAAAGCGCGUGCUCGGGUUCGUUCUGUUGCGCGGUGGUAACAUUGUAUCACUCACAGUUGAAGGACCGCCACCACCGGAGGAGGGCCUUCCCCGCGUACCAAUACCCGGUGGUGCCGGUGGGCCCGGUAUGGGGCGUGUGACGGGUCGAGGCAUGCCGGCCAACAUUGCCGGAGUUCCGGCGGGACUGCAGGGCCCGGUGCGAGGUGUUGGCGGACCGUCGCAACAACAUAUGGCACCGGUGGGACGAGGCCAGCAGGUGUCUGCCCCACCGCAGAUGCGUCCGAUGAUCCCUGGAGGACCACCACCGGCCAUGAUACCCGGUGUCAAUCCGAUGGCCGGAAUGGCACGUGGUGCACCGCCACCGAUGCGAGGGCCACCGCCGGGUAUGAUGCGCGGUGGUCCACCUGCCAGACCGUACUAGUACGACAUUCACCGCUGGCAAAUAUGAUUAGGUUUUACUUUUCUUUCUCCUCACACAUUUCCCCGGAAUGGUUCCGUUAAUGGAAUCAAUAUACAAAUAAUAAACACUUUGCUCCCAUAAUUGCGGAUGUAUAUGUAACGUUUGAAAUA